UCCUUCAAAAUUUUUUAAGUUCGAACAAAGGCAGCUGAUGCGUCUCUCUGUUUGCUAUAUCUUUCGUGUGCAACAACACGAAGACGAACCACGGGCAUUUUGUCCCUGAUUUUGUCGCCCGGCCACCCCAGACCUGUCCUCGGAGCUCUGACGGCUCAUGGCCACAGUACUCGGCCCUUGUUACUACAUACAAAACUAUAUAUACAUAUGUAUGGAUUUACAUUUACUAAACCCCUUGCAAAUUCAACUCGCUGCAGUCUAAAACAUCUCGUGUUGCAUGCGUUUGGUAUUAGUUUGCUCGGUCUGAGCGCAAAAUAUAAUUAUUAUUAUUAUACAUAUAUAUAUAUAUUAUGACACUUGGGGGCCGGCUCCUAGUCGGACCGGCCCAAUGAGCUGCUGCAACACGUGUCUAACCCUCUCGUGCUGCUUUUUGUGGUGCAGUCUGUCUGAUACUCGCAUUUGUCUGUUUUUUUACUGUGCAUCUCGUGGAAAACCACAUUAAACCAUGCCAAUUUAAUCUGAAGAGCCAGGUGAUGACGACCAACGUCUGGGUGGAGCAGAAAUGGAUCGACUACAAAUUGCGAUGGGAACCGGAGGAGUACGGCGGCGUGGAGAUGCUCUACGUGCCGUCGGAACACAUUUGGCUGCCAGACAUAGUGCUGUUUAACAACGCCGACGGAAACUACGAGGUGACGCUGAUGACAAAAGCAACCCUCAAGUACACCGGCGAAGUGGUGUGGAAGCCACCAGCCAUUUACAAGUCAUCCUGCGAGAUCAACGUCGAGUACUUCCCUUUCGACGAGCAGAGUUGCAACAUGAAGUUCGGCUCCUGGACCUACAACGGCUUUCAAGUUGAUUUGAAACACAUGGAGCAACAGACUGGCAGCAAUCUGGUUAAAAUCGGAAUUGAUUUGAGCGAGUUCUACUAUUCGGUCGAGUGGGACAUCCUGGACGUUCCAGCCCGCAGAAAUGAGGAGUAUUAUCCUUGCUGUGCCGAACCAUAUUCAGAUAUCACGUUCAAACUGGUGAUGCGCCGCAAAACGCUAUUCUACACGGUGAACCUGAUCAUCCCGUGCGUGGGCAUCACCUUCCUGACCGUGCUGGUCUUCUACCUGCCGUCCGACUCGGGCGAGAAGGUUACCCUUUGCAUCUCGAUCCUGCUGUCGCUGACCGUGUUCUUCUUGCUGCUGGCCGAAAUCAUCCCGCCGACGUCGCUGGCCGUGCCGCUGCUCGGCAAGUAUCUGCUCUUCACCAUGAUUCUCGUCACGCUCUCCAUCUGCGUCACCGUCUGCGUUCUCAACGUCUACUUUAGGUCGCCCUCGACGCACAAAAUGUCUCCGUGGGUGAAGACGGUGUUCCUGAACGCGAUGCCACGCAUUUUGAUGAUGCGUCGUCCGCACUACUCGCCCAGGGACCACUACGAGCACGACGAACCCUUCGCAGACAACCCCUUCCCGGGAGACUUCAGAGAUGGCAUGGGUGACGGCUUUCACGACGAAAAAAUGAGUCCGCUUUCAUCGCCGUUUGAAUCUACCUUCAAACACGAUGUGGACGACCACAUGGAGGCCCACUCCUCAGAACACAACGAAGUGAUCGCCGGUCGGCAGGCAUCGCCGGAGCUGUUGGCGGCCCUGGAGGGCGUGCAGUUCAUCGCGAAGCACAUGAAGGACGCCGACAUUGACAACGACGUGGUCGAGGACUGGAAGUUCGUGUCCAUGGUGCUGGACCGCUUCUUCCUGUGGGUCUUCACGCUGGCGUGCAUCAUCGGCACGCUGGCCAUCAUCUGCCAGGCGCCGUCCCUGUACGACACGCGCCUGCCCAUCGACCAGAAGCUGUCCGAUAUCCCGUUCGGCAACAACCCCUUCAAGUACCCACCCGACAAUCACGUCAGCAGGGUGCCUUCCCUGUAAAAUAAUGUCUUUCCGAGGUCUUGAUUGUCUACUCUUGAACGUUUUGUACCAGCAAUGUUGCAUUUUAAAUGAAGGGCUCAAGUGUUAAAAUUGAAAAAAAUGGUUGUUGCCAAAAUUCGUAAAGAUCUACUAAUGUAAAUAGUAAAAAAUAUAUCUAUCUGUCUUUGCAAUAAACCAUGUCUACGAGAAAAGAUAUUAUACACAAUAUUAUAUUACUGAGAGAAAUAAACUACACGAGAAUUUAGCAAAGCUGC